AUGGAUUCCAAUCGUCCAACAACACCACUACGCAUUCAUCAAAGAGAAUCAGUCAACGUAGACUUUUCUACCUCGGGUCCAGGAAUGAGUAACUUCAGAGAAAGUAGGAUCAACGCUAUGGCUUCGACUGAGGCUAAGCUUUCUGAGAAGAAGGGGUCUGACAGCAGACCUGGUACUUCUUUAAGCAACGUUAGCAAUGCAAGCAACAAGAGACCGAAGACCGCCGCCUUUGCCCUCCCAGAAGACGACGAAGAAGAUGCCGAAGCAAAGAAGCAGAGGAUUGCGGAACGUGAAAACCAUGUCAAGUCAGUCAUGGAAAAAGAUAUGAAGAUUAAGUUCAGAAUCAGGGCUGCUAAGCUUUUCCUAAGAUUUCUUAACUUUGGCUGUUCUCUUGUCGUAUUGUCUCUCGCCGCAUCUAGCUUCGCAAUCUUCUUCGCAACAAAGCAUUUAACCAACAGGAACAACCUUCCUCCAUGGGCUCCUAACACAAUACUCUGGCCUACCUACGCUACCCUUGCCAUCGCCUGUAUUUCGCUCCUUAUGGCUAUCGUUGUUCUCAUUUCGUAUUGGAGAGGCGGUCAUGAAAAGGCUGAAUCUGCUAGUCUUUGGUUUACGGCUUUCUCUGUCUUUGGCUUCCUCUUCAUGAUCAUUCUCUGGGCUGUCAUCGCUGGCACGAUCACCAAUGCAAAGAACAACAGUGGCGGAAAUGAUAUGUGGGCUUGGGCAUGCAAGGACAAUCAGCGAAAGGAACUAUUCCAAGAAGACAUUGACUACGAUCUCGUCUGCAAGCAAUUGGACUGGACCCUUGUCUGCUCAAUCAUCGAAAUUGUCAUUGAGUCCCUUGCCAUCAUCCUCUACGUUGGCGCUUUCUGGAGAUAUGCCUCUAAGUCCAAGCUCCGCAAGUCUAUGGAUCUCCGUGACCAAGCCCGUCACGAGCUCUACCUUCGCAAGCUUGCUGAUGGUGACGAUGAUGUCUACCGCCCAACUGAACACGAAAUGAAGACAACUGGCGACGUCAACCUCGCUGAACGCGGGUACUCGAUGUACAUCCAACCUUCCACUCUCCCCGUCGGUGCCCCAAUCAUCGACCCCAACUCGGGAUUGGCUAUCGAUCCUCACACCGGUGAAGCCACCAAGCCACCAAGCAAGUAA